UCUCACCCUGUCCCACUCAGGUUUACCAGGAUGCUGUUUGCUGGCCAGAGAACUGGGGAGAGGCAGGAGGGGGCGUCCCGGAACGCUGCUCCGGAGCGGGAGAGAGAAGGGAGGGGAGAGGCGUACGCCGCAGUGACCGUGAAGCCGUCCAGCGCCGCGCGGCUGCUCAAGGUCGGAGCCGUGGUCCUCAUUUCGGGGGCGGUGCUGCUGCUCUUCGGGGCCAUCGGAGCUUUCUACUUCUGGAAGGGGAGCGACAAUCACAUUUACAAUGUCCAUUACACCAUGAGUAUCAAUGGGAAAUUACAAGAUGGGUCAAUGGAAAUAGAUGCUGGGAACAACUUGGAGACCUUUAAAAUGGGAAGUGGAGCUGAAGAAGCAAUUGAAGUCAGUGAUUUCCAGAAUGGCAUCACAGGAAUCCGUUUCACUGGAGGAGAGAAGUGCUACAUCAAAGCUCAGGUGAAGGCACACAUUCCUGAGGUGGACCCUGAAACCGAGAAGAGCAUCUCCUCCGAGCUGGAAGGCAAGAUCAUGCCGGUUAAAUUUGAAGAAGAUGCUCUUAUCUGGGUGGCUGUAGACCAGCCUGUAAAGGACCACAGUUUCUUGAGUCCUAAAGUCUUAGAACUUUGUGGCGACCUUCCUAUUUUCUGGCUUAAACCAACAUAUCCAAAAGAAAUCCAGAGAGAAAGAAGAGAAGUGAUAAGAAAAAUUGUUCAAACUACCACAAGAAGACCAAACAGCAGAUCCCAGGGCAACACAAGCCCUGGGAGACUGAACAAUGAAACCAGACCCAGCGUGCAAGAGGAUUUGGAACCCUUCAAUCCAGACAACCCUUACCACCAGCAAGAAGGUGAAGGCAUGACAUUUGACCCCAGGCUGGAUCACGAAGGGAUCUGCUGUAUUGAAUGUAGACGGAGCUACACCCACUGCCAGAGGAUCUGUGAGCCCCUGGGGGGCUUUAAUCCCUGGCCUUAUAAUUAUCAAGGUUGCCGUUCAGCCUGUAGAGUCAUCAUGCCCUGUAGCUGGUGGGUGGCCCGCAUCUUGGGCAUGGUGUGAAAUCACUUCCUACUCCAGAUGCUGGAAAGUAAGAAUUAACUGAAGAGAUCACCACAGAAGCUGAAGGACCACAAAGUAUUUUAUACUCAAACUGCACGGUAUUGCUCUAGACACCUUUAAAAGAAUAGUUCUCCUUUGCUUUACAGAACUUUAUCCAGUGUGUGCAAAUGUACUGACAGGGUAGUUUAAAUCUAAAAUGCCCUAACUAUCCUUUUGUUAUUUGCUGCUCUUUAUUAUUUGCUUUGCUUUGCCAGUGAGACUGCUUAUGAGUCUUAUCAAGCUGUUGUGAAAUAAACAUGAGAAAUUAUUUACAGUUAGUCAAAGGUUUCAAUUGUAUACACUUGAGUUCCUUUUAAUCAAGGCACUGACUACAAUAAUUAAGUUGUUCUCUGUUGUUAUUUGUUCAGAAUUCUUCAGUUGUUCUCAGCCUUUACUGUCCUUCCCCAUCCUGCAAAUGUGCCCCCAGAGUUCCCAAAUGUAAUCAUAAAUAAACAAAAAGGGAAUCAGGAAAGUAAA